AUGGCGGCGUCAGUGGUAGCAACAGCGGACACCGCAGGAGCUGCGGGUGCCACACCCGCGAGCAGAUCAUCGGAGGCCCCCGAGGCCGCCGGCAGGAUGGGGAGUGUCGGGGACGAACCAGCGAGGGCCGUGGGUGGCGCCAUCAUCGCGGCGGUGGAGGCCGCCACCGUCGACGUCGCGGGAGAUGGCUGGAUCGGAGCCGAGAACAUCGAGCCAACGGUGGUGGUGCCGAAGAAUUGGGGCCGCGGCGACGCACUGGCAUGGGCGGGGAGAUUGAGAAGGGCGGGGAGGGCCCCGGAGCUGGCGGAACCGGAGGCGGAAGCGGUCAUGGUAGCUGCGGCGACGGCGGCCCUAGGCCCGCGACCCUGUCUUCUAUCUUAUCCCUUUUCCAGCACGGCGGGGCGGUGGUGGGCUCGCGGGAGACGGCGCUCGGGGAGGCGGCGGCGCGCUCGGGCGCCGCAUCAGGCGGCGGAAGCGAGGUGGGGAGGCGGCGCUGCGCUCCAAGGAUGCAACAGCGAGGCGUGGAGGCGGCGGUGCCCUCGGGCGCCGCAUCAGGCGGCGACAUCGAGGCGGGGAGGCGGCGCUGUGCUCCGAGGAUGCAGCAGCGAGGCGUCGAGGAGGCGCUGUGCUCGGGUGCCGCAUCAGGCGGCGGCAGCGAGGCAGGAGGCGCACGGGGAGAUGAAGGAGGAGAAAAUGGAGAGCCGGCCGGGGCACGGACCACAGCGGCGCAAGCUUGCAGGGGGCGAGAGAUCGAGGAAGAGGCGGGAGUCGGGUCAAUCGAUCUGUCGCACGACGGAUGCUGCACUCCCUUUUCCAUCUAGCAACGGGCCGCAGAGGGAGGUGGAAGAGGAGCCACAACCUACGAGCAGGAUGCUGCCGCCUAAUACGCAUCUGACCAUGAGCUGGAGGAUAAGGUUGGAGAUUUGGUAUCGGAUGCUGCUCCAAGAACGAGGGGCCAAGGUGCUGAACUAACAGCAGGGGGAGGAUGAUUCUUCAGGUAACAACAUAGUCCGUCGACUAGAGAAUUAAGUUAACUGUUUGCUUUGCUUGAAGCUCCAAAUUGUAGUUAUUUUAUUCGUUCACUGAUUUGGUAUAAUCUUAAUCUAGGAGGAUUAUCACUGUAUGAUAUGAGAUACUGAUGUUUAGCAAUGAUAAAAGUCUGACGUUGAAUGGUUCUUUUCGGAAGUACAGUUGUAAGAUAUAUGAUUCUAGCUUCGACUUUAACUGGACAGUACUAAUUGGACAUAUAAUUGAUGAUUUAUGCACAACAAGAUAUUCUGUUGCUUUUAGUUCUUCAAUCAGAU